AUGGAAAAACUCCUCCUGCUCCAGUACUCCCACUAUCUGGGUCAGCGCUGGUCUGUGGAGACAACCUGCCCAAGGAGAGCCAGAGCCAGGGGUUCAACACAGCAGGAGGAGGUGGGAGACAGCAAGUCCCUGGCCUACAACAACCAGAUACAGGAAGUGACAUCAGAACCCAGUAUAGGGGAAGGCCAACCGCAAAAGGACAAGGAGGCUGGCCUCCGAGGUAACCAGGAGACGUCUGCAGCACUGGAGGAGGGGGGCCGACAGAGAAUGGAGGGCCAGGUGUGUGUGGGGAAUGUAUUAACCUCCUAUUGUGAGAGUAGAGGAUGGCAACGGAUCUACGACAAGACGGAGAACUUUAAACUCAAGUGGUCCGAGACCAAAUCUCCUGUCACCUACUACAAUUUCAAAGAAGGUAAACAGCUUCUGUACCAGAUCCCCAACAACAAGGUGCUGACCACUAACAUCGUCCUCCUUAGCAACCUAAGGGAGUAUGAUUGCAUCAGCAGCAAGGUCAACCACGGUCCAGGACUGAGGAGGUUGAAAAUUGAGGAGUUUUCCCCCGCUACCAUCCAUAUGGAAGUGAGGGAUGAGAGAAAUGUUUUCUUUGCCCAGUGGGAAGCUGAUGAGAUGAGUGUGUGGAUCUGUAAACCCAUGGGCCUUCGGGAGGCGGGCAUCUUCCUCCUGAAGAACCAGGUUGAUAUCUCAGCCUUUAGACUCAAGCUGCAGAACAUUGCUGAGAGUCAAUACAACAGGAAGCUGCUUUUUCGCCUGCCCCAGGAAUGCAUUGUGCAGCGGUAGGUGAACACUAGGGCUGUGAACACUGCUCUAUUAGGACAUUCAGUACUUUGUCUGCCAUAUGUAAUUGCAGAUGAUAUGAUCAUAUCAUAGAGAUAGAUAGAGGACGUCUUUGUAGCUGAGCCAUUAUUGCGUCUGUGAAGGCAUGGGCAGCGCCAUUAAGGCAAUCUCCAAUUUGAAGUAGUCAAUUUUCUUCUUCACAAUUGGCUGAUCCCUCCUGAUGACUCGGUUGGACAUGACUCCAACAAGGUCACCAGGAGGGAUCAGUCAAUGAAGUUGGAAGUCCCACCCAGUUGACUACAUUGAAGUGGUGGAUGCCCUCAAUGGCGAUGUCCUCAAUGGCCACUAGAGGUCUCUAUCAUUACAUUUACAUUUACAUUUAAGUCAUUUAGCAGACGCUCUUAUCCAGAGCGACUUACAAAUUGGUGCAUUCACCUUAUGACAUCCAGUGGAACAGUAGUGCAUCUAAAUCUUUUAAGGGGGGGUGAGAGGGAUUACUUUAUCCUAUCCUAGGUAUUCCUUAAAGAGGUGGGGUUUCAGGUGUCUCCGGAAGGUGGUGAUUCAUUCUCUAUGGAUCAAAUACAUUCGGAAAUUCGUGUUUAAUUCAAUGUGGUUAUACUGUAGUACUCCGCGGCAGCCACGCAGCUUGUAUAAACCAAAUUUAGAAAAGUGUUUGAAAAUUCUCCAUGAAUUGCAAAACUGCCCGUGUCAACCAGAAUCGGAAUAUGUUAUUCCAUUUCUUACCAACAGAGGGAAUACAAGAUCUGUUUAUAAAAGAGAGGUACUGUAGAUACAAUGCUUUGGGCCUGUAUAUGUGCUGGUCUAGGAUCAGUUUAGCUUAUAGAUAAAAAUGAAUAAGAUUAUAUGGACUGGCUUGAUCCUAGAUCAGCCAAGUGGAUUAUAAUCUAUAAUAACCAAUGUUUCCUCAGGUAUGUCCAGAACACUCUGCUCCUGAAGGCGAGAAAGUUUGACGUGUGCUUCUAUUUCCUCAUUGCCUGCGCCACACCCACACACCUGU